AUGUCAACCAAUCAAUCUCAUAUUCGAUCUUGGUAGCAAAUACUAUCAGACAUUUCUUCAUGCAUGAUCCAACUGUCUUUGGGCUAUAUUUGUGUUGAGCUGAUGAUGUCAAUCAAUUUACACUUUCUUAAUCUACAUACAACUAAAACCAAUGUUGCAGCAUUUGGAAUUGCAUGGAUGAUAAUCACUAUAUUGUUACUUCCCUUUGGAAUAGGUCUUAAUCAAGCUUUGAACACCUUGGCGUCUUAAGCCAUCGGAAUGGGAAAAAAUAAACUAUCACUCAUCUAUCUAAAUUUCACUCUUUCUUCUCAUGUCAUCAUAUUUAUCCCUCUGCUCCUAAUGAUUUUAUGCCUCAAAACUCCAUUUAGCUAUUUGAUAGUAGAAGACAGAGAAGAAACCAUAAACACAGCAUGGGAACUCAUAGUACCAUUAUCAAUCACUUCAUUGGCCUUAUUGAUAUUUGAGGGUUUGAAGAGCUAUUUGAUAUCAUGUGAAGUGUUUAGACCGUUUAUGGUUAUUCAUCUAAUCACUUUAGCACUUCAUGCUUUUUGGUGUUGGUUAUUAGUUUCAAGCUACGGGAUCUAUGGAGUUUGUAUUGCCACCUUAAUAUCAGAAUGUACAAACAUACUAUUGUUAUUGCUUUAUGUAAAAUAAGAAGAAGAACUUUAAAUAAAAUUUAAAUCUUUUCAAUUCAAAUUUCUAUUGCUAUCUCAUUUUCACAUUUAUAAAGAAUACAUUAAAAAUACAAUUUCAAUAAUAGUCCAUAUUUAUUUAAACACAGGCAUAUUUAUUAUUUUGUCAUUUACAGCCAUCUCUCUUGGUAUUGAUGCAACCAAUGCAUAAUUAGCCUUAUCCAACACAUCAUCCUUAUACUUCAGGGUGCCACUUUGCUUAUCAAUAGCCUUGAUGACUUAUGUAGGCAAUCAAAUUAGUCAAUAAAACAUAAUGAAUGCCAAAAAUUAUAUUAAAUAUGGCCUUAUAUUAUAUUUCAGUAUUCUAGUGGUCAUCAUGAUGAUCUUCUAUUUUUACCACUUAGAAUGGGCUCACUUCUAUACAAAGGAUCAAGUUGUUUAAGAAAUGUUAUUGAAAACUCUACCGUAUUUCCUAUUGGGUAGUGUGGCGAUAGAUGGAAUACAGAUAGCCUUAAGUGGAGCACUUAAAGGACUCGAUGAGGGUAAGUUGGUUUCAAAUUACACAUUAUUUGUUGCAUAUUUUGUGGGUAUCCCACUAAUUCUAAUAUUAACUUAAAUAUUCGAUUUUGGUUUAAUUGGGAUUUGGUUAGGUUUUGGAAUAUGUAAUUUUUUAUUGUCCUUAUUAUUUGCUCUCAAAUUAUUGAAAAUUGAUUGGGAUGUUUAAGCUAAACAUAUCAAAGAAAAAGUUGAUAAGUAGUCUCAAUAGAUGGAAACAACGACCGAAUUAUAAGAUUUAUGUUGA